UAGUGUUGCAAGACUGAUGGCUACAAGUGAUGAUGGUGUCUUGUUUGGUGGAGUGGAAUGGAGCAGCUCUCCCGUUACCUUCCAUAGGAACAAGGGGAGGAAUGUUGAACUAACAAAGAGGAACACAGUAGCCACUAGGACUAAGAGCCAUAACUAUGGUAUAGUGUUCACCAGUGAGCCAGUGGUUGUUGGACAGAUGCUCAAGGUCACUGUGACAGAGAAGGAGGGAGGUUGGGCUGGUGGAAUGCAAAUUGGUUUCACUGGAGAGAACCCGGAGAAUUCGACACUGACACAGUUAACAUAUUUGAGAUGGCGAGAGGAUCACAAGCAUUUACUGAAUAUUAGUGGCCGUACUCUCUAUUACAAGGACAAGAAACACUGUAAACUGGAUUUCAACACUGAUGAUUUUGUAGAGGGUGAUUCCUUAGGAAUGUUGCUGACGCUGAAAAAGGAGGUCCACUGGUUUGUGAAUGAUGUGUGGAGAGGGUCUGUACGUGUGAAGGACUACCCCCUGGACACACCUAUGUGGGGGGUCGUGAGUGUGUAUACACUGUGUAAACAAGUCAAGGCAGAGAUUUGCACUGUGUCCAGAAACCCUGACUCAGAGAAGAGGCUGAGAGAGAUGGGACUAGCACAGGAUGCAACACCUAAAGCAGUGGGAACACAGUCGUUGUUUGCAAGACUAGGGUUUGGAUCAACUAAGUCACGAAAUGAUGUCACAAAAACAGUCUCAACCCCACUUGUGGAAGAUAUUCAACAACAACUAACAAGAGCUAAUGAACUGCUCAUACAAUCACGCUCAGACAUUCAAGAGCUUCAACGAGAGGUAGCUGAAAAAGUCCAAGAAAACACUCAACUACAGCAACAACUAACACUUGCCAAUGAACAGUGGGCAAGAUCCAAUGAACAACUAACAUAUGCCAACAACCAACGAAAAAUAUCUGACACAGAAAACCAACAGCUGAUAGGGACCCUUAGAGGACAAGUGGACGUCCUCCAACGAGGAGUGGCCUCUCUCUCAGCCACCAAUCGUAGCAGCCACCCUCAGGAGGUGGAGUUCUGGCAGGUGUCUCCAGAGGAGGUGUCUAUUAGAGAGGACGAGAUUCUUGGCCGAGGGGCCUGGGGCUACGUUGCCAAGGAAACUUUUAGAGGAACAACGGUGGCCGUAAAACGAGUGUAUCCUGAAAUCCUACGACAGACUACGAUGGAUCGAAUUCGUCGUGAGAUUCGCACCAUGGCUCAGAUCCGCCACCCCAACCUUGUCCUCUUUGUUGCUGCCGUCCUCAACGAGCAAACAGGUCCCAUGAUUGUCACAGAGCUACUGGAUACCUCUCUACGUUCUGCCUACCAGGACAAUCGUGUUGGUCCCAACAAGCGAAGGAUCUUUGGAGACAUCUCCUCAGCUCUGGUUUAUCUCCACCGACAGAGGGAACCCAUCAUCCACAGAGAUGUGAGCUCUGCUAAUGUCCUCCUUCUCUCUCUACCCAACAACAAAUGGGUUGCCAAACUCUCUGACUUUGGAUCAGCCAACCUAGCUCGAGAUGCCACUACUCCUGGAGAAGGUGCUAUCCUGUACACUGCCCCUGAGGCCUAUCCUCAAUCUCCGUACUCCCCACAACCACCACCACAACAGACGACAAAGAUCGAUGUGUACAGUUUUGGAGUGCUUGUUAUGCCUCGAGGCGUAGCCGCACGAGGGAUACGGUAAAGCUGACUGUGUGUGUGUCUGUCUGUGUGUGUGUGUGUGUAUUCCAGCUAUAACUGCUCAACGGUUACAAUGCGACGAAAACUAACAGCUUUUAUAGGCUUCUAGCCACGUUCUCUUGGAUUUUGAUUCGUGGAUUAGCAAACUAAAGCUUCUUUCUCGAGUUAUGGCUAGUUUGACUCACAUUGAAGGCUGUUGCAGUCUCUUCAGAAUCUUUCAUAGCAUCAUCUGUCCGCACAAACUUUCUAUUCAACAUAUGAGUUAGCCUUGCACUAAAGCGCUAGCUUUUUGUUAGCUACAAUACUCAGAAAAUAUCUGUUAAAACAGCUAGCUAGCAGUACAGUAGCCAUUUGUAAAAUUGAUCUCUUUGGACACACCCUUUAAUUAUUCCUGUGGAUGUAAUGCGCAUGCGCGCUCAUUCCCCAUGUGUGAGAAAAUAAUAUCCAAGAUCCAGAUCCAGAUCCUCCUGGCAGAAUCAUCUUUGUCUUGAGGGCCUGGUAAGCCACAAAACACUACCAUAUAACAAUAUAGAUAACAAUAUGCAUGUACACAGGUCUUUUCUUCUUAGAUAUUAUAUACACUGAACUACAGAUCCUGGAAGAAUCAAUUUUCUUCUUUCUUGAUGUCCUGGUAAGCCACAUAAUACAAAAAAUAAUAACUUACAAUAGAUGCAUGUAAAUAAGUCUUUUCUUCUCAGUGACUUUAUAUAGAUAAGCUAACUUUAAUAUAAAAUUCAUUAUAGAUAACACUCUAAUACUUUUGAGCGAAAGCAAAAACAUGGCGAGAGGCAUUAGCACAGCGCCAGCUUGAACACUAGUUUGUGAAGUGGUGACUCGAAC